AUGUUGAGUUUGACCGUGGUUCUGCUGCUGACGUGGACCUUGGGGAGAGCUCAGGAGAGCAUCUCUUGGGAGGUCCAGCGCUACGAUGGCUGGUACAACAACCUGCAGCACCACGACCGCGGCUCGGUGGGUGUCAGGUUGCUGCGUCUCCUGCCAGCCAACUACAGGGACGGUGUCUACCAGGCGCUGCAGGAGCCCCAGGUGCCCAACGCUCGCCAGCUCAGCAACGCGGUGGCACGGGGACCCUCCGGGCUGCCCUCCCACAGAAACACCACCGUGCUGGCUGUCUUCUUUGGUUUCCACGUGCUCUCAGACAUCCUGGGGAUAGAGCAAACUGGCUGCCCUGCUGAGUUCCUGAACAUCCACAUCCCACCCGGAGACCCGGUGUUCGACCCUGCAGGCACUGGGGACGUGGUCCUGCCCUUCCAGCGCAUCCACUGGGCCACUGAGACUGGGCACAGCCCCAACAGCCCCCGGGAACAGAUCAACAAGGUGACGGGCUGGCUGGACGGCAGCUCCAUCUAUGGCUCCUCCCACUCCUGGAGUGACGCCCUGAGGACUUUCUCACGGGGACAACUGGCGUCAGGACCCGGGGGGCUCCUCCCCAGGGAGACCGAUGGGAGGGUCCCCAUGUGGAAGGCAUUGGAUCCCUCCACCGGACAGGGUGGUCCCCGGGGGAUCUACGACCUGGGGAGUGCCUGGGGGAAUGAGAACCCCUUCCUGCAGGCCCAGAGCAUUGCCUGGUUCCGGUACCACAACCACCUGGCUGCAAAGUUGGCUGAGACACACCCCAACUGGUCUGAUGAAGACCUUUUCCAGCACGCUCGCAAGUGGGUCAUCGCCACUUUCCAGAGCAUCGUGCUGUAUGAGUGGCUGCCAAUCCUGCUGGGGAGAAGCGUCCCCAAGUAUGAAGGUUACCAGCAGCACCUGGACCCCAGCCUCUCAACAGAGUUCGUGGCAGCUGCAGGGCAGUUCCUGGCCACCAUGGUGCCACCCGGCGUCUACAAGAGAGACUCCAAGUGCCAGUUCUUAAAAGUGUCCGAGUCCGGCACCUCGUUCCUAGCCACGCGGCUCUGCAACAGCUACUGGCGCAGAGAGAGCACCAGGCUGCAGCAGGCAGAGGAUGUGGACAAUCUCCUGCUGGGGAUGAGCUCGCAGAUCGCAGAGCAAGAGGACAACAUUGUGGUGGAAGAUCUCCAAGAUUACUGGUACGGGCCCCUGAAAUACUCCCGCACCGACCACGUGGCCAGCUGGUUCCAGCGCGGGCGGGACCUUGGCCUGCCCACCUACAACCAAGCCCUGGAGCGAUUUCAGAUGAAGCCUCUUCAAAACUGGUCAGAGCUUGCCCCACACCUGGAACAACAGGUCCUGGAGAAGGUUGCUGCCCUGUAUGCCAACAACACAGCUGGGCUGGAGAUGCUCCCUGGGGGCAUGCUGCAGGCUGAUGGCUCCCUCUUCAGUGCCAUCAUCCUGGACCAGUUUGUGCGCCUGCGUGAUGGGGACAGGUUUUGGUUCGAAAACAGCAAGAACGGGCUGUUCACAGAGGAGGAAACUGAGCAGAUCCGUAACAUGACCUUCCAUGAUGUCCUGGUUGCUGUCACCUCUGGAAACUCCACAGUCCUCCAACCCCACGUGUUUGUCUGGAGCCAGGGGGACCCGUGCCCCCAGCCCCAGCAGCUGAGCACUCAACACCUGGCCAACUGCACACCCAUGAUGGUGCUGGACUACUUUGAAGGCAGCGGUGCAGGCUUUGGGAUCAUCAUCGUUGUCCUCUGCUGCCUGCCUUUAGUGACUCUGCUGGUGGCCUGGAUUGUUGCCGUUCUCCGCAAGAGAGAUUUCAAGAAGCUGCAGAAGCAGCAGUGUUCCAGCAUGAGGAGGGAGGUGGCCAGUGAGGCAAUUCCUGCCAUGGAGUGGCAGGGUCCCAAGACAGACAGCUCUCCUGUCUACAUCCUGCUCCAAGCUGACCAAGUGCUCAAAGUGCUGGAUGGGAGAGGGUCUGUGCUCCGGGUCAUCAACCUGAAAGCCCAUCAAAGGGUGGAGGUGCUCAUCUCCAGCAACAAAGGGAACAAAGCUCUGCUCCUGAAGAGCCCCAAAGAGUAUGACCUGGUGCUGCUCUUCAGCAGGGAGGUGGAGAGAAGCAACUUCAUUGGGAAGCUACGAGGCUACCUGGAGGAGAAUGGCCUUGACCUGCAUCUGUCUGAGAUCAAGGAGCAGACCCUGAUGAAAUGGGCAGUCACCCAGGAGCAGAGGAAACAAAUUCUGGAGACUUUCUUCAGGCAUCUGUUUGCUCAGGUGCUGGAAAUCGACAAGUCCAAUGCUGGAGAGCUUGACCUUGCAUCUUCACAGAAGACAAAGGAGUCUCUAACGUGUGAGCUCAGCAGGGCUGAGUUUGCCGAAGCCCUGGGGCUCAAAGCCCACUCUAUGUUUGUGGACUCGAUGUUCUCCCUGGCUGACAAAGAUGGCAAUGGUUACAUCUCUUUCCGGGAAUUCUUGGACAUCUUGGUGGUCUUCAUGAAAGGGUCCCCAGAGGAGAAGUCCAAGGUGAUGUUCAGGAUGUAUGACAUCGAUGAGAAUGGGUUCCUCUCCAAGGAGGAGUUUCUGAGGAUGCUCAGGUCCUUCAUUGAGAUCUCCAACAACUGCCUGUCCAGAGACCAGGCAGAGCAGGCAACCGAGUCCAUGUUUCAGGCCUCGGGAUUUCAGGACAGGGAUGAGCUGACGUGGGAGGAUUUCCAUUACAUGCUGCGGGACCACGACAGCGACCUGCGUCUCACCCAGCUCUGCAUCAAAGGUGUCCCUGAGGUUCUCAAGCAAAAUGUGCACAACCGUGUCUCCUUCAUAACUAGGAAAGAGCCCAAAGGGGCCAUCUCAGAGGAGGAGAAAGACCCAAACCUGGACACCAUAAGCCACUACAUGGAGCCAGAAGGACAAGAACUGAGGAAGAGACCAGGCAGAAGAGCCAAUCAGUACCAGCUGCACGUGUACACUAAAGCCCAGCGGAAGAAGUAUGAGCCGAACAAAGUUCAGCAGAAGAUCCAGGAGUUCAAGCGCUUCGUUGAGAAUUACCGGCGCCACAUUGUCUGUGUGGUCCUCUUCUCUGCCAUCACCAUUGGCCUGUUCGUGGAGAGAGCCUACUACUACGCCUUCGACUCCCCCAGCACGGGAAUUGCACAGACCACCUUUGUGGGGAUCAUCAUUUCCCGGGGAUCAGCCGCUUGCAUCUCCUUCAUGUACUCCUACAUCCUGCUCACCAUGUGCCGCAACCUCAUCACCGUCCUGCGGGAGACCUUCCUUAACUGCUACAUCCCCUUCGAUGCUGCCGUGGACUUCCACCGCUGGGUUGCCAUGGCAGCCCUCAUCUUCUCAGUGCUCCACACUGCAGGUCACAUAGUGAACGUCUACAUCUUCUCAGUCACACCUCUCAGUGUGUUGUCCUGCCUCUUUUCCAGUGUCUUUGUGGAUGAUGGGUCCCAGCUCCCACAGAAGUAUUAUUGGUGGUUCUUCCAGACUAUUCCAGGCAUGACAGGAGUGCUGCUGCUUGUCAUCCUGGCUGUGAUGUAUGUGUUCGCCACCCACCACUUCCGACGUGUCAGCUUCCAGGGCUUCUGGAUCACCCACCACCUCUACAUGCUGCUCUACAUCCUGAUCAUCAUCCAUGGCAGCUACGCGCUGAUCCAGCAGCCCCGCUUCCACAUCUACUUCAUCAUCCCAGCUCUCAUCUACGGUGCUGACAAGCUGCUCAGCCUGAGCAGGAAGAAAGUAGAGAUCAGUGUGGUGAAAGCUGAGCUCCUGCCCUCAGGUGUCACCCACCUCCAGUUCCAGCGGCCGCAGGACUUUGACUACAAGUCCGGGCAGUGGGUGCGCAUCGCCUGCAUGGCCCUGGGCACCACCGAGUACCACCCCUUCACCCUGACCUCGGCACCCCAUGAGGACACCCUGAGCCUGCACAUCCGGGCCGUGGGGCCUUGGACCACCCGCCUGCGGGAGCUCUACUCCCCAGAGAGCCUGGCCCUCACUGGCAAGCUGCCCAAGCUCUAUCUGGAUGGGCCCUUUGGGGAGGGCCACCAGGAGUGGAACAAGUUCGAGGUGUCGGUGCUGGUGGGAGGAGGCAUCGGGGUGACACCAUUCGCAUCCAUCCUCAAGGAUCUGGUCUUCAAGUCAUCCAUAAACUCCAAGGUGCUGUGUAAGAAGAUCUACUUCAUCUGGGUGACACGCACCCAGCGGCAGUUUGAGUGGCUGGCAGACAUCAUCCGUGAGGUGGAGGAGACAGACAGGAACGACUUGGUCUCUGUGCACAUCUACAUCACGCAGCUGGCCGAGAAGUUCGACCUGCGCACCACCAUGCUGUACAUCUGUGAGCGGCACUUCCAGAAGGUGCUGAACAGGAGCCUGUUCACGGGGCUGCGCUCCAUCACCCACUUCGGGCGCCCACCCUUUGUCCCCUUCUUCAACUCACUGCAGGAGGUGCACCCUGAGGUCCAGAAGAUUGGGGUGUUCAGCUGUGGCCCACCUGGGAUGACGAAGAAUGUGGAAAAGGCUUGUCAGCAGCUGAACAAAAAGGACCAGGCCUACUUUGCACAUCACUAUGAGAAUUUUUGA